UCCCCUCCCUCCCCGUUCACAAGUCAUGAUGGCGGAACUGUGGUAGACUUCAGAGCGAGCUAGAGAGCACCGCCCGUGUUCGCCGAGCAAGUGUACAAAGUAAUUUAUUUAUUCAGACAACUUUACGCGCUUCCCCCGCCAUGACCCGCUGGAUUCCCACUAAAAAGGAGAAGUACGGAGUCGCAAUAUACAAUUAUGAUCCCCGGGGUGAGCAGGAGCUGUGUCUACAGGUGGGGGACACGGUGCACAUACUUGAGAGAUUGGAAGGCUGGUAUAGGGGCUACACUCUCAGAAAGAAAUCACAGAAGGGCUUAUUCCCUGCUUCCUACAUCCACUUAAAGGAGGCUACGGUUGAGGGAAUUGGCCAACAGGAAAUAAUUAUUCCAGCAGAUUUACCCCUAGUGCAGGAGAUAGGGGCCACCCUGAGGGAAUGGGUGCAGAUAUGGCAGAAGCUCUAUGUGGCGAACAAGAUAACCCUGUUCAGGAGUGUGCAGCAGAUGGCCUACAGCCUCAUCGAAUAUCGAUCUCAGAUAGUGUCAGGAACACUGCCCAAAGAUGACCUUGUGGAACUUAAAAAGAAAGUCACAGCGAAGAUUGAUUAUGGAAACCGGAUCCUGGGAUUGGACCUGGUGGUGCGAGAUGAAGCAGGGAACAUGCUGGAUCCCGACCGGACCAGUACAGUCACUCUGUUUCGGGCGCACGAGACAGCUUCUCGCAGUGUUGAUGACAGGAUACAAGAAGAAAAGACGCGGCUUCAAAACCUAGAAAUGAGGCGUCAGACCCUCUUCAGCUCUGUGCAUACAUACAGCCUCCUCAUGAACCUGAAAAACUUUGUGUGCAACAUUGGAGAAGAUGCUGAGCUGCUCAUGUCUCUGUAUGACCCUGAGCAGUCAGAGUUUAUCAGUGAGAACUUCCUGGUGCGUUGGGACAGUAUGGGAAUGCCUAAGGAAAUUGAAAAACUCAACAACCUGCCAGCCUUGUUCACGGACUUGAGCAGCAGUGACUUGAUGAGGCAGCGGCUUUACCUGGUGUGUCAGAUCAUCCGAGUGGGUAGCAUGGAGCUGAAAGAGGGCAAGAAACAAACCUUUGGGUUGAGGAGACCUUUUGGUGUGGCUGCUAUGGACAUCACAGAUAUCGCCCACGGCAAAAUCGAUGAUGAGGACAAACAGCAUUUCAUUCCCUUUCAUCAGAUAGCUAUGGAAACCUACAUCCGCCAGAGGCAGCUCAUCAUGUCUCCUCUCAUUCCUUCUAGAGUUAUAGGAGAGAAUGAGCCGCUCAUGGCUGUCUUCAACAAAGUCAUUGCCACGCGGGAGGUCAAUCACAAAGGCCAGGGGCUGUUUGUGACCCUGAAGCUUCUCCCAGGGGACCUCAUUCAAGUCAGGAAGGACUUCCCUCACUUUGUAGACCGCAGCACAGCGAUCGUCAGGAAAAUGGGCUUCCCAGAGAUCAUCCUCCCAGGAAACGUGAGGAAUGAUAUUUACGUAACCUUGCUUCAGGGAGAGUUUGACCGUGGCAAAAAGAAGACCCCCAAAAAUGUAGAGGUCAUUCUGAGUGUGCAUGAUGAUGAAGGCAAUCCAAUUGAGAAAGCAAUAUUUCCUGGCGCUGGCUAUGAUGGCAUAACGGAGUACAGGUCCGUCAUUUACUACCAGGUGAAGCAGCCUUGUUGGAAUGAAACGGUAAAGGUUACAAUUCCAAUUGAAGACGUGUGCCGCUGCCAUCUCAGGGUGAUGUUUCGACACAGAUCCUCCCAAGACUCCAGGGACAAAUCAGAGAAGCCUUUCGGUAUGGCCUUCGUCAGGCUAAUGAGAGGAGAUGGGACCACGCUAAAAGAUGGCAAGCACGAACUUAUCGUCUACAAGGUUGAUGUGAAAAAGGUGGAAGAUGCAAAGGUUUACCUCACUUUGCCGGCAACCUGGGCUGAGGUGGAGGAAAAGGAGAAGCAGACGGGGAAGCAGUUCCACCAUUCGGGGGCUAUUCCUAUGACUAAAGACAGCUUCCAGAUAGCAAUGCUCACCUGCUCCACUAAGCUGACCCAGAACGUGGAUCUGCUUGGUCUGUUGAACUGGAGAUCUAAUCCUGAGGAUCUUCAGCAGAUUUUACAAAGACUCAUGGAGGUGGAAGGAGGCGAGAUUGUCAAAUUCCUUCAGGACACUCUCGAUGCUCUGUUCAACAUCAUGAUGGAGACUUCAGAAAAGGACACUUAUGACACUCUGGUGUUCAAUGCCCUGGUUUUCAUUAUCAACCUUAUUGGUGACAUUAAAUUCCAGCAUUUUAAUCCAGUCCUGGAAACUUAUAUCAACAAACACUUCAGUGCCACUCUGGCUUACAUGAAACUAACCAAGGUGCUUAACUACUAUGUGGGUCACGCUGAGGAGCCCACCCUGACAGAGAGGCUCUACGCAGCACUUAAAGCUCUCAAGUACCUUUUCAGGUUUAUUGUACAGUCAAGAGUCCUGUCUUUCAGAUGUUGUGUGAACAGUGAAGAUGGAGAUGCUUUCUUUAACUCCAUUCAUACGCUUUUCCUCUCGUUCAACACUCUAAUGGACAGACCUCUGGAAGAGGCAGUGAAGAUAAAGGGGGCGAUAUUGAAAUACCUCCCCAGCAUCAUUAAUGACAUCCAGACAGUGUUUGAUCCCAUAAAGCUCAGUGUUCUCCUUGCAAAGUUCAUUGGUAGCAUUCCAGAUUCGCAGCUCGUGCGUCAGAAGCUGGGCUGCAUGUGCAAAAUUGUUGAGAGUGACCUUUUCAGGCAGCCAGAAUGUCGAGAUGUUCUUCUGCCACUCAUCACUGACCAGCUGAGUGGGCAGCUAGACGACCACUCUUGUAAACCGGACUACGAGGCUUGUGUCCAACUACUCAGCACUGUGCUGGACAACCUGGGCCGCAAAGACGUGGGUCCAACCAGAGGUCACAUUCAGCUGAUAAUGGAGCGUCUCCUCCGUAGGGUUAACCGCACUGUCAUCAACAUGGACAGAUCCUCUCCUCUCAUUGGCCACUAUCUUGCCUGCAUGACGGCCAUCCUGAAGCAAAUGGAUGACAUGCAUUACACCCACUACAUCAGCACCUUCAAAACGAGACAGGAUAUCAUUGACUUCCUUAUGGAGACCUUCAUCAUGUUUAAGUACCUCAUGGGAAACGUCUUUCCUGCUGAUUGGAUGGUCAUGAACCUGGUGCAGAUGCAGGUCUUCCUGAGAGCCAUUAACCAGUACUCAAAUGUGCUCAACAGGCUUUUCCUGGACCAGACUCACUUUGAACUACAGCUUUGGAACAACUACUUCCAUUUGACCGUGGCGUUCCUCACUCACAAAUCUCUACAGCUGGAGUCCUUCUCACAAGAGAAACGAAACAAGAUACUAAACAAAUAUGGAGACAUGAGGAAGACCAUUGGGUUUAAGAUCAGAGACAUGUGGUACAACCUCGGCCCCCACAAAAUGAAGUUCAUCCCAGCCAUGGUCGGGCCCAUUCUGGAGGUCACUCUGGUUCCUGAGCCAGAACUCAGGAAGGCUACCAUUCCCAUCUUCUUUGAUAUGAUGCAGUGCGAGCACAACUUCAGUCCUGCACACAAUUUUAGAAAGUUUGAAAAUGAACUGAUUAAAAAAUUGGAUCAAGAGGUAGAAGGAGGCCGAGGAGAUGAGCAGUACAAAGUCCUUCUGGAAAAAACAUUACUGGAUCACUGCAGACGCCACCGAUACCUGUCCCAGUCAGGAGAGGAGCUGGCUCUGCUGCUGAGCAGCCUGCUGGAGAACCUUCUAGCGUACCGCACCAUCACUCAAGAUGGAAGUCCAGAGCACCGCAUGAGCUGCACUGUCAAUGUUCUGAAUUUCUACAAAGAAAAAAAGAGGGAGGACAUUUACAUCCGAUAUUUGUAUAAACUGCGGGAUUUGCACCUGGACUGCGAGAACUACACAGAGGCUGCUUAUACGCUGCUAUUACAUGCCGAGUUACUCGAGUGGUCUGAUAAGCCUUGUGCGCCUCAUCUGAUACCUCGAGAUGGGGAGUACAUGUGGACACAGCAGGAACUGAAAGAGAGGCUCUUCCAGGAGAUCAUAGGCUACUUGGACAAGGGCAAGAUGUGGGAGAAGGCCAUAGAGCUGGACAAACAGCUGGCUAAGAUGCACGAGACCCACAUGUUUGACUUCAUGGAGCUGAGCCAGCUGCUGAAAAACCAAGCCAAGUUCUUUGAAAACAUCAUGCAUGCCAUGCGGCCACAGCCAGAGUACUUUGCUGUUGGAUAUUACGGCCUCGGAUUCCCCUCUUUCCUCAGGAACAAGAGGUUUAUCUAUCGAGGUAAAGAGUAUGAGUGGCUGGAAGACUUUACCCAAAAGCUGCUUUCUCAGUUCCCAAAUGCAGUCAGGAUGACCAGCACAGCGCCCCCUGGAGACAACAUCUGCAACUCACCUGGACAGUACAUCCAGUCUUUUACUGUCAAGCCUGUUCUGGAAGUGCCAACCCAGUUUAAGGACAAGGGGGUUCCAGAGCAGAUAUUAAACUAUUAUAGAACCAAUGAGGUGGACCAGUUCCAGUACUCCAGGCCAUUUCGGAAAGGUGAAAAGGACCCAGACAAUGAAUUUGCAACUAUGUGGAUUGAGAGAACAACGUAUGUUUGCGCCUAUCACUUCCCAGGGAUUCUCAAGUGGUUUGAAGUCAAAUCCGUCUCGGUGGAGGAGAUCAGUCCUUUGGAGAACGCCAUAGAGACGAUGGAAAAGACCAAUGAAAAGCUGAGCAACCUUGUGCAGCAGCAAGCCUACGAUCGCUCGCUGUCCGUCAACCCGCUGUCCAUGAUGCUCAACGGCAUUGUUGACCCCGCCGUCAUGGGUGGCUUCUCUAACUACGAGAAGGCAUUCUUCACUGACACCUACAUCCAGGAUCACCCCGGUGACCAUGAACGCAUCGAGGCCCUCAAACAUCUCAUUGCCCUCCAGAUUCCUCUGUUGGAAGAAGGAAUCCGGAUCCACGGGGAGAAAGCUACGGAGCAGCUGAAACCUUUGCACAAUCAUCUGGUUACUUGCUUCCAGGACCUUCGGGAGAAAGUGGAGGCACUUUAUGGCGUCAUAACCUUGCCCUGCUCGCUGACUGAGAAGAAGAAGAGUCGCGUGGGCUCGGUAGUGAUGCCCUACAUCCUGUCUUCCACUCUGAGACGCAUGUCCACUGCUUCAACCCUAUCAAGUGCCUCCUCGGGGCUCUCCAGUGGCUCUGCAUCCUCCGAUGGACACUCCCUAGAUGAUCGCAGGGCUUCUGUUCUGUCCCGUUCUGAGGACGACAACAGAAUCGACAGAAAGAACAGGAAGGAGUGGAGUGUGAGCAAAUCACAAGUCCUACUGGAGAGGCUGUCGGACACAGAGGAGAAUUCUCCAGAUAAGCAGCAGAGACCCAAAAGUUUACAGCUGGGAGACCGACGGCUCACCCUCUCCCUUUUUCAUGGUGUUUCAUCGCAGCUCAGCCUGUCUAACCCACUCAGCCCGCUCCCUGCCUCUCCAAACACUCCUCACACACCGCGCAGUUCCAGUUAUUCAUCACUACUCGGUGACAAUGGUGCUAAUACUAUUGACACCCCUGGGACCCCCCCGCCCAUGCCUCCAAAGAAACAUCUGCACGAGAUUGACAACCCUGGGAUCGCUUCAGAGCAUUUCACUCCUCCAUUACCCAUGAAAAUUGAGAGCAAGCCUCCUCCACCUCCGCCAAAGACUCGAAAAUCGAUGUUCCCCUCAUAAGAGACUUCCCCCCCCCCACCCCCCCCCCACCCCCUAAGGUUGCACCUACGCACGGGCCUCCCAAGUUUCACUAAUUCUCUGAUUGGAUGAAAGCUCUGUUUCCUUUGUGGCUCCGUGGAAACGCCACAGUAGGAAUCAGGCAGCAGGGACGCGUGACAUAUGCAAGAUUUUCUUCAGCUACAUUUCCACUUACAUUUCUAAGCUCUCCUCUGUUCUCAGAUUUGAACAAUUAUUUGGGUCUAAAGCUUAAAGGGAGGAUUCAUUGCUGUCAUGUCAGAGAAUAGCGAUACAGUCAUGGCUUUGGGGUACAGUCUCUGAGCUUAUUACGUAAUGAAAGAGUAGCUCUUCACUAUGAUGUAUUUGAAUCAUUUGCAGGGAAAAUGAAUGAAUAAUGGUACAUUGUUGUGUUUUAUCUGUAUGCUUGUGUGGUGUGACACUGGAUGAGUCAUCUUCUCCCAGGAGCUGUUUAACAGCAUUCCAUGUGUGAUCGGGAAAAGCUGCAUUAGGUUAAUAUCAUACUUCAUGGCAGGGAAUAGAGUGUUUUAGACGGUAACUGUUUGUGUGACGUGUAGUUAGUUGUUCUUGUGUUUCAGACACUGGAUGACAUUAUUGAAUGUGGUGCAGACUCUGCGUCCUUUUUAUUGAACUCAAAACGGCUCCUGAUGCCUCCGAAACCCGCUACGAUGCUGAGGGUGGCGCUGAAUGCCGAUUCUCUGGCUAGAAGAUGCUUCGGUGUCAAACCUGUUGGUUAAACGUGGAUCUGGGGCCAGUAGCUUUCAUUAGUGGAGCCCAGUUUAGCUGGAAAUUGGUGAGAAACCUGAUGUUUUAGUGGCCGUUUGUGGUUGCCUGGCAACUGCAGGUAAGCCACUGCUCCUGACCAAGAGCUACACCAUUCCGUAGUCUUUUAUGCAGUAUGAGUAGAAACAUGCAGUACGAGUAGAAACAUGUUUGGUUAGUUAGGAGCUCCAAACCGACGGUGUGGUUGGUUGUCCUGACUCCAGUUCCUCCAUUUCUGUGCACAGCGGGGGCGAAACAUGAAAACUGUAAUGUAAACCCGUGUUUUUGUGCUAGUUGGUGUUUCUUCUUUGUCAGAACUCAUUUUAUUUUUGAUGGUUUAAUCUUUCCUGCUGCAUGUUAGCCGUAGCAGCUUAAGGAGAUCUCGUCAUACGUGCUUCACAGGACAAUCAAAACUCAUCUGUUCAGUUUACACAGAAAAUCCAGGCAUUUCUUUGUUAAAUCACGUUAUAAUGAAACAUUUUUCAAAGAUUUACGCGUGCAACUGUAAAUGAGGGCCUCUCCAAAGGAAAAUAACCAAAAGAGAAGACAUUUUGUUUAAUUCUUCAGGAAAAAAGUCCUUAAAAUAUCUUAAAUUGUGUUUCUGAUUUUGACAACAUUACUCAGACUUUUUUCACAUCACUUAAGUUUCUCACAGAAAAUAUCAUUUCACAUUUUAUUCCUACAGACAUUAAAAUCUUUUAUCUUGACAUUUAUUCUGGAAGUAGCUUUUAGGUUUUUGCUUCUCAGCAUGAAAUUAGGAAACCAAAAGCAUCUUUUGGGACGCUAAUGCUGCUGUUCACACCCCCUGAUGACUGAAGUGGUUUUGUCUGAAUGCAGAAUAGUUUUAGAGCAUUUUCUACAAACUAUGUAGCGUUGCACUUGUCUCACAAACAUCGUCCCUUUGGAGUUUUAAAUCUACGUUUUAAACGAUCAAAUGAAACUGAUAAUUAAGUUUUUCUAUUUCUAGGGUUUUUUGUACAAGGGGUUAAUAAGAUUGUACAGUAUGUACGUUUCUCAACAAGCAUCACAUAGUUUACAAUGUUUCAAGAGAUAUAUGUGUAUAGUACUAUUUUUUUAAAGACCAAGCUGUUGGAUGAACCAAAUUAAAGACUUUUAAGACCAA